AUGAACAAGCCCGUCGAACCAGCCUCUCAUAGCCGUGCAACACCCAAACACUCCCCGAAGCGACUGCGUGCCACCUCUCUAGAUUUUGGUUUGCACGACCGCCCGGCUCAGAUUCUAAAGUCACCUAGACAGAUUCUUGAUGCAUCUGCGACUUCAUAUCUUGUUGCCCAUCUCCCGACGGCAACCAUACUUUCUACACUCCUAUCCUCCAUCCAGCAGCCGACCAGCGAUCCCUCCAGUCAAGUGGCGUGGUGCCGUGAUGUUCUUUACCUGGUUGAUGUUUCGCAGCGACGUCAGCUCACGAUCAACUCUCCUGAAAGCCCUGCACCAAUCAGUGACCCUGCCCUCCAGCGCCUUAUCGAUGUUGCACUUCCAAUGCUUCUAAAGCUCGCGGCGCGAAAGAAGUCAAAGCAAAGUUUUGUGCCCGGCUACGUCGCAGAAGCUAUAUACCUCUGCGCUCUUUGCGAAGCCAGCGGUGCUUACCCUCAAUACAUCUCACCGAACUGCAAGAACGCAUUUUCGCACUUUGAUCAGGCCGCAAAGGCCGGAUAUCACCCAGCCUGGUUUAGGGUCGGGCAAGAUUUGGAGAAAGCUGGUGAUCUGGCUAAUGCGUUGAGUUGUUAUGAUUGCGGAGUCAGUCACAAUGUCCCGAGCUGUUUAUACCGCAUGGGCUUAGCACAUCUAUUGGGGGAGAUGGGUCUGGCAGCUUCUGCCGCAACAGCCUUUCCAUUGCUUAAACAGGCUGCUAUUCGAGCUACCCUGGACGUUUCGGAACCCGCAUUCACCUACGGUCUUCUUCUCUUGAAUGAGUUCUCUGCGCAGGUCUCUCCUGAACUCAUCGAGCCCUUUAUUCCUUAUGGCUCCUCUCCUCAUUUGGAGGCACGCAAGCAGUUAGAGCGCGCAGCAUAUCUCAAUUAUGCGCCUGCGCAGUUUUACGUUGGACGCGCACACGAGGUCGCCGAUGGGCCCUUUCCUUUUGACCCCGUUCUCAGCGUACAAUACUACUACCUGGCGAGCAGUCAAGGCAAUACUGAAGCAGACAUGGCUCUCAGCAAAUGGUUUUUGUGCGGAUGCGAAGACGCUUUUGAGCGGGACGAAGGUCUGUCAUACUCGUUCGCGAAAAGUGCUGCGAAAAGGGGGCUUGCAAGUGCUCAGUUCGCUAUGGGAUAUUAUACCGAGAUUGGCAUUGGUAGUAUAAAGGAUGUGGCCGUUGCAAAAAGAUGGUAUUCGUUGGCGUCACAACAGGGGAAUGCUGAUGCGCACGAGCGUUUGCAGACACUCUCCCGCCAAACAUCUCUUUCUAGGAAAGAGCACGAGAAUUUGACCGAGACGCGGUUGAUACGGACUCGUACACUCGCGCGAUUGCGGUCGCAGGCAGUAGAUAAAGCCUACUCUCGACCUCCGUCUAGUUCAACGACUACUCCUUCGAUUCCUCGCCCACCUCCUGCCGCUGCCAUACCGUCCAUGCGCCCGACUGCUGUCUCAUUCGCUCCUGAGCCGCCCAAAUUUGCGGGUUCUAUUCCUACGCGAAGCGCGCUAUCACCGCCACCAUCCACGAUGCAAGACCGACCAACCAGAUCACAGUUAAGUCCCACCACGCCUAUUAAUGUCAUCCGCUUCGUGCAGGCACAAGAACCAGCGAACCAGAUACCACCUCCAUUACCAGCAGCUUGCGCCAACCCCGUAAUGGUGCUCAAUUCGCAGCGAUAUAAUGCCAUGCAGUCGGACGAGACCAUGACGCCGUAUACACCUUAUGCACCUGUGUUGUCGCCCUCACCUACGCUGCAUAGUGCAGAUCCAUACUCGCUCAGGAAGGCUCAGUCUGAUCUUGAACUCGCUAGCGCACCUGGUCGGAUCAGUAGGCCUCCAAAGUCAUCGGCACCGCGACCUCGAUCUGAUCCUGCGCCCGAGUCUCUUACCUCCCUCACAAAUGCUACAAAACAGCGGUCGCCAAAGUGGAAACAGGGUUGGGGCGCCCACCACACUCCUGCUUCACCCCCGCCUGUUGAGAAGGUGCCCAAGUCGCCGCAGCAACGACCGCACCUGCGCCACAGAGUUCCACACUCGCUGCAUGACGUGGGGAUUGCAAGCAAGAAGCUCGAAGACAGAGAGUGCGUUAUAAUGUAA